GCAGAAUAUCAAUGUGCAACGGAGGAGAGGGAGGAGAGAGAGAGCUCAGGCUAUGGAGCAGAUAUUAGCAUGAGCAGCAUUGUUUUUCUGUUGAGGGUAGCAGGACACAACAAACAUAAACAGGACAUUUGAACAACGGAUAUAUAGUUUGCCAGUAAUCCUGAACUUCUAAAAUACUCUCAAAAUGUCAGAUCUGGAAGACUUCAGCAAAACAGCAGUGCACUGGAACACAUCGGACAGCUACCAGCUGAAUCCCACCAGUGUGAUCGUGCCCGUUGUGUUCUCGCUCAUAUUCCUGCUGGGGACCAUUGGGAACAGUCUGGUUCUGGCCGUCCUCCUCCGCAGCGGCCAGGUGGGAUACAACACCACCAACCUGUUCAUUCUCAACCUCAGCGUGGCCGACUUCUUCUUCAUCAUCUUCUGCGUGCCUUUCCAAGCCACCAUCUACUCCCUGGAGGGCUGGGUGUUCGGCUCCUUCAUGUGCAAGGUGGUCCACUUCUUCAUCAACCUCACCAUGUACGCCAGCAGCUUCACGCUGGCCGCCGUCUCGGUUGACAGGUAUCUGGCCAUUCGCUACCCUCUUCGCUCUAGAGAGUUGAGAACGCCCUGUAAUGCCGUGGUUGCCAUGGUAGUCAUCUGGGGACUAUCAUUGAUCUUCGCAGGACCGUAUUUGAGCUACUACGACCUCAUAGAUUACGCCAACAGUAACGUUUGUGUUCCAGGUUGGGAGGAGUACAACCGCAAGGUGCUGGACACUUGCACCUUUGUGUUUGGUUAUGUGAUCCCUGUGCUCAUCGUGAGCCUGUCCUACACCAGAACCAUCAAGUACCUGUGGACUGCUGUGGACCCUCUGGACGGGAUGUCAGAGUCCAAGAGGGCUAAGCGCAAAGUCACCAAAAUGAUCAUCAUCGUCACAGUGCUCUUCUGCUUAUGCUGGCUGCCCUAUCAUGUGGUGAUCCUAUGCUAUCUGUACGGAGACUUCCCCUUCAACCAGACCACAUACGCAUUCAGGAUCCUCUCUCACUGCAUGGCCUACGCUAACUCCUGCCUCAACCCCAUUGUGUACGCCUUGGUGUCCAAGCACUUUCGCAAAGGUUUCAAGAAGGUGUUCAGCUGCAUUCUCAGUAAGAACGGCAGGAACAAAGUGCAUGUGGUACAUGUAGCCAACACAGUGCCUGGGUUCCAGGCGGGGUCCACAGAAGUGUCACAAAUGAAUGAGGACAAUGUACGACAAAAUGACUGUGAGAUGAGCAGCCGGCCCAUCGCCGAGCCGAGGGAAGCAACUAUAAGCCAUUUCCAGAAACAGCCUUGAAUGAUGAGGCCUAUGGUAAAGGACUGUGCAGAUUGCCUUAUCACAAAGACUUUGCUUUCCAACCUCAAAGGGAAACUCAAUGAUGACAUUAUCUCGGUUUUUGAGAUGGUG